UUGCAGAGAGUGAUAGGUGAGAUGGAGCAGAUUGAGAAAGAAGCGAUUAAGGAGGCAUCAGUGGAGGUAUCAAAUGAAUUCAAAACCCUAAUCGAUGCCCAGGAUUUGGAUUCCCUCAAACAACUGCAGCACCUCAUAUUGGGGAGGUUGCAAGAUGGCAACGCGGUCCUGUCACACUUUAAUGAAGUUUCAGAGAACUGCUUUGCUGAGGUUUCUGGAGAUUUCUCUAAAAACACACGCCUCUUACGGUCUAUGAAGUCUGAUCUUGAAUACAUAUUUCAGAAGUUAAGGAGCAUGAAGUCAAGAAUUUUGGCUACCUAUCCAGAUGCAUUUCCAGAUGACUCGAAACAAGAAGUACAUGACCAAAGACCAGACCUUGAAAUGCCACUGUGAUGUUGGAAAGGAUAUUCAAGUUUUCUUUUGAAUGCCCAGCGCAAUUUCCAUCAGGGUACUAGAAAGCAUAGUCAAGUUCUGUAACAUUAGAAAGCAUGUUCAAGUUCUGUAACCCGAUUACUUUCGUUUUGGUUGGUGUGGUUCUGUGUGAAUAAUUUGGUCUGCCUCAGAUGAUGUACCAAUAUCUGUAUAUGAUUUGACCGAAAAUGAGAAGUAAUCCAAUUUGUGAGCAUUGUAUUGA